AGGGGGAAACAUGCAGUCCACUAUAAAAACGUGCCUCAUGCGAUGUUCAACAUAGUGAAACAUGACGGAGUGGCUGCGUUACAGAAGGGACUCGUGCCUGCUUUGUGGUUCCAACUUGUCGUAAACGGGGCUAGGCAUCUACCAACACGCAGACAACUAUGGCCUCCUCAGAGACGAAGAGAACAAAACUCAAUUCGUGAACAGUCUGUUCUUCGGCUGCAUAUCAGGCAUGUGUGGAGGCCUAUGUGGCAGUCCACUACAGCUCGUGAAGACCCAGCUGAUGUCCUACUCCUCACAGAAGAUAGCUGUUGGUACGCAGCAUGCUCACCCUGGCAUGAUGUAUGCGAUGAAGAAGAUUUAUAAGAAGAAUGGAUUGUCAGGGUUGUGGAGAGGUGCCCAUGGCAUGAUGAUGAGGAAUUCUAUUGGGAGCGCCUCGCAAAUUGCUUCGUUUGCUGUAUGUAAAGAAUGGAUGGAUAACAACGAUGUGUUCCAGCAGUCUAAAUAUUUGUCGGCGUUCGUAGCGAGCAACAUCGGAGCGCUCGUGAAGACUGUAUUUUUGAACCCCAUGGAUGUUAUCAUGACUAGGCUUUAUAAUCAAGCUGUCGACGCGAACGGACGAGGGGUCAUGUAUUCGGGUAUAGCCGACUGUGCAAGAAAAAUAGUCAAAGCAGAGGGGGUCUUAGCUUUUGGGAAAGGCAUGGGCCCCUCUUACUUGCGACAAGCACCCCAUACAGUACUGCUUUUAGUAUUCUGGGAUAUGCUUAAAGAUUUGCAAAAGAGUCUUGAAUUGCAUACGUAGUUUUUUUUUAAGAAUGCCUCGAGGUGUCCGUGCCUCAAAGUGUAGAAUAGGAAAAUGAGAUUAUGUAGACUCAAGAUUUUUUUUACAUUAUAUAGGUAUUUCUAGUUCUACUUUUGUUAUUUUUAUUAGAUAAGUUAUUUAUGUAGAUGAUGUGUUAUGAAUGUUAUUGCUAUCCUUUAAUUGUUUAUCAUGGUAGUACAAUGCAAUAAUUAUAUUAUACAAUUAUUUUAUGUUCAGACAGAUAUCGGAAAUGUUUUUAUUCUGAAAGAUAAUGUAUCAGUAGUUACUGAUAAUUCUCAAAUUAUCUAUUAGUUACUUAAAUGUUUUCCUUGCCUUGUCAGGUUAGUAAAAAGUUAUUUAGACUAGUGUUCAUUUAGGGCCGUUUUCAAUAUUCUAUCUAUCUUUACUCACCGGAUAUAGAAUUUGACAUAACUUGUAUGGGCCUAAUGUCAAAAUUCGGAUAGAAUAUUCGGAAGGGCCUUUAAUUUAUAGGUUAUCCAGGUAUUAUGCUUUUUGUUUUGUCCUCCACUUUUAAUGAAUAUUAGUGAACAAUGUAAUAAUUAGAUAACAUUAAGUUUAGUACCUGAUCAUAGAUAAUAUGUAGCAUAGUGCCCCAACUCUCCUCAAACCCGUGUGACUCAGUAUUAUUGCAAACAAAUACCUUAUAAUAAGCAUUUUAUUUACUCAUUUAGUAUUUGUUUAAAAUAUAGCAUUUAAUCCAACGAUUGCAGUACAAAUCUUACUUUAAUUGAAUUAUAAAAAUCUUGUUUUUGUGUUGUUGUCUAAAAAUUAGUGAUAUUAUUUUAUAUGGUAACCCUGUUCUGAAAUAAGCCAAAGAGGAUUGUUGUUACUAUUGUAGUAAGCAACUCAUAAAAAUAGUGGUACCAAAGUUAAGUAAAUAAUAUGAUGGUUUUUUCUUUUAGAAGAAUAAUCUGAAUCUCUGUUGUACACUUGUACUAUAGAUAUCAGUGCCUUUAUAUCAUCUUUUGUAUUUUUAUUCAUUACAUAAAUAAUGUAGAAGAAAUGUACAAUGUAUUGCCAUAUAAUGGUUUAAAACAGUGCUAUUGAAAGUUAAGCUUUAUGGUAGUAGCAAUAAAUUUUAAAAAUGUU